ACCUCAGCACCGAAAUCAAGCAAAGACCUGUUAAGUUAAACCAACCUGCAAAACCCCAGGUUGUAGCUGAGAUGCCGUCGUCGUCUGCCUCCGCUUCGUCUCUCUUCGCCAUUGUGCCCCUCGACGGCGGUGGCGCGACGAGCCGCCACGCCAUGGACGCCUGCUACCUCUGCGGGAAGCCGCUCUCCAGAGAUUUCGACGUCUUCAUGUACAGAGGGGACACGCCAUUCUGCAGCGAGGAGUGCAGGGCUGUGCAGAUCGAUACCGACGAGGUACGCGAGAGGAUUAACACCAAGAUCCUGAAGGAACGUGCUGCGAGAAACGAGCAGCGCCGCGGGGUGGCUGCCUCCGAGCCCAACAUCACCCGCGCGGGAAAUGUGCCGGUUGCAAGCUAAGCUGUGCGCUCAAGGAAGCAGUGCAUUCGCCCCUCCUUCAUCAGAAAUAAUAGGGGCACGGGAUAUAUAAUAGCCAUCCGAUCCGAUGGAGAAACUCUUCUGUUUGAAGACUAUCUUCCGGUUGAGAUGAGCAAGCAAGCUGGGGUUUCUUUCGCUUAUUAGGUGCUCGCACUUCGCGUGUAUAGACGAGCUAUAAAAUGCACAAGAAAAUUACUGUGCGUGUGAGCGUCGAUAACUUCCUCUACCUCAGGUGAGGAUAUGAGGUGCAACAAUGCAUGUUUUGGAAAAUAAUGGAAACUUCCUGGUUAUGUUAGUUUCCAAGUUGUGGACAUAGCAGCGGAGUCUGAGUACUAGGUGUUUGGGUCCUUGCGUGUCUGAAUGAACACAUGUGUUGUAUGGCUCCAAUGCAUAAGAGGUCUAUAAUAAAGAGAAGAAAAAACAAGG